AUGUUUAAACAAUUAACAGCUGCGUUGAUUUGCUUUGGCGUUUGCCUAGCUGCAGCCAAUGAAGGCAGAAGGGAUUUGAGUGCGCAACCUCGACUGCUAUUUCACAAAUUGCUCAACAACAACAACAAUAACCAAAACAACAACAACAACAACUACCGUCAACAGCCGGCUAUAAUAUUCUUGGGUGGAAAUCAGGAUAGCAACUCGCAUCGCUAUCAGCGUCCACCUUGGGAGGAUUAUUAUUAUCCACACUAUCCACAUCCCCAUCCACCACCGCGUCCACGUUAUCCUGGCUACAAUGAUAGCGAAUAUUCUGGCAACCCACAUGUUAUCGUUAUCAAUCCCAUCAAUGCUCAAAACAUAAGUCAUGUAUCUCAGCCUGCGCCAGCGGCUACCGUCGACGAUGGCGGACGCAGCGCUUUUCCCAUUAUUGACAUUUUGCAAGCCGCCGAAGAACCAGAGCCCAUCAAUGUCGCCGAGUCGCCCGAGUCAGAGCCCACUGUAGCUGUCUUGCCGCUUUAUAAUAAUGAUGAUGAGUAUGAUGACACCUCCUCCGCCGUGCUGGAGCGUCAGACAGUGCGUGGCUUGAAUCCCAAGCUGCUGCUCAAUCUGCUCAGUCAGCAGGAUAAGCGACGCAGGCGUUUCCAGGAAGCUGUAGCCAGCAUCUACUUGAGAAACUACAAUGCCAAUCGCAAGUGA